AUGGCGGCCAAGGACCCGUCUUCCGGCCCUAGUCUGGAGAGUGCACAUCUGUAUCGACAAGCUCUCCCCAGAGGAGUCGUGUGCCGGCAGACAGAGCCGCUGUUUGAAUCUGCUGCAUCUUUCAGAGAGAGCAAGCAGAACAAACCUGAAUGGGAGAAGCAGGCUACAGUGCGCGCGGGCCACAGUGGGCCACAGCGCGCAGGCUACAGCGGGCCACAGUGGGCCACAGCGCGCAGGCUACAGCGGGCCACAGUGGGCCACAGUGCACAGGCUACAGCGGGCCACAGUGAGCCACAUCACGCAGGCUACAUCGGGCCACAGUGGGCCACAGUGGGCCACAGCGGGCCACAGGCUACAUCGGGCCACAGUGGGCUACAGCGCGCAGGCUACAUCGGGCCACAGUGGGCUACAGCGCGCAGGCUACAGCGGGCCACAGUGGGCUACAGCGCGCAGGCUACAUCGGGCCACAGUGAGCCACAGUGCACAGGCUACAUCGGGCCACAGUGGGCCACAGCGCGCAGGCUACAUCGGGCCACAGUGAGCCACAGUGCGCAGGCUACAUCGGGCCACAGCGGGCCACAGUGCGCAGGCUACAUCGGGUCACAGUGGGCCACAGUGCGCAGGCUACAUCGGGCCACAGCGCGCGCGGACCACAGUGGGCCACAGCAUGUAGGGUACAUCGGGCCACAGCGCGCGGGCCACAGCGGGCCACAGCGGGCCACAGCGCACAGGCUACAUCAGGCUACAUCGGGCCACAGCGUGCGCGAGCCACAGCGCGCAGGCUACAUUGGGCCACAGGCUACAUCAGGCCACAGCGGGCCACAGCGCACAGGCUACAUCAGGCCACAGCGCGCGCGG